AUUUCAAUGAUCCCUUCAGUACGGAAGUUAAGCCAAGAAUCCUGCUCAUGGGAUUGAGAAGAAGUGGGAAGUCUUCCAUUCAGAAAGUGGUCUUUCACAAAAUGUCACCGAAUGAGACUCUCUUCUUGGAGAGCACAAACAAGAUCUGCAGAGAGGAUGUUUCCAACAGUUCCUUUGUCAACUUCCAAAUAUGGGAUUUUCCUGGGCAAAUUGACUUCUUUGACCCUACGUUUGACUAUGAGAUGAUUUUCAGAGGCACUGGAGCACUGAUAUUUGUUAUUGAUUCUCAGGAUGAUUAUAUGGAAGCGUUAGCUCGGCUGCAUCUUACUGUGACCAGAGCCUAUAAAGUGAAUCCAGAUAUUAACUUUGAAAUCUUUAUCCAUAAAGUGGAUGGUUUAUCUGAUGAUCACAAGAUUGAAACACAGAGAGAUAUUCACCAGAGGGCAAAUGAUGACCUUGCAGAUGCUGGACUGGAGAAGAUUCACCUCAGCUUUUAUCUGACAAGCAUAUAUGAUCAUUCUAUAUUUGAAGCGUUUAGCAAAGUGGUACAGAAACUGAUUCCACAGCUCCCAACACUGGAAAACCUGCUUAACAUCUUUAUUUCAAAUUCUGGGAUUGAAAAAGCAUUUUUAUUUGAUGUAGUCAGUAAGAUCUAUAUUGCUACGGACAGUACUCCAGUGGAUAUGCAAACUUACGAGCUCUGCUGUGAUAUGAUAGAUGUUGUGAUUGACAUUUCUUGUAUAUAUGGGUAA